GGACCAUUUGGACAAGGUCAGUGCCUCAGUGGCAAGGUUAUAUGCAUUAAGCAUAAUAAUGAAUACGAUUCUCGGCUAAUUUGGCAAUACAAUUUCAGUUUCUCCGUAAGCUAGUCGUCACAUAGGUACAUGUUUGUAGAUUUUUUGCAAUGUUGGUGUAUUUAACUGUGUUUGUUAUUAUCUUGUUCAUACUAACGUUAAAAGUGAAAAACAGAAAAUAUGAACAACUAAAGAAUACAUACCGUCAUGAAUUGCCAUCUUUUCCUCUCGUAGGAAUAAUAUACUCAGCCAUUGGGAGCAGUGAAAAAACUAUGCAAUUCAUAAAAAUGAUGGGCCGUGAGGCAAAUCGAAAAGGUGGUCUUAUAUGCGACUGGAUUGGACCUAGUUUAUAUUUAAUGGUAUCGGAUGCUGAAGUGGCAGCGCUUUUUUUAAAAACAUCUCUGGAAAAGGACGACUUAUUUAGAAAAGUGGCAACUUUUUUAAUCGGUGAUGGAAUAUUUUCUGCACGAGUUCCAGAAUGGCGCACUCGACGCAAGAUUUUGAAUCCAACAUUCAAUACAAAAAAUUUAAAUAAAUUCGUUCAUAUAUUUUCAAAGCAAUCCCAAAUAAUGGUACAACAGCUUCGAUGUAAAGCAAAUGCUCAACCGUUUUCAGUCUGGAGAUACAUCGCUGCUAACAACAUGUAUUCUGUUUGCGAAACCGUGAUGGGCGUUCAACUGGAAGCUCAAGAACGGUCUGAGCAUCCAUUUUUGACAGCUUUUGCGGAAGCAUUUCACUUAUCCGCUGUCCGUAUGUUCCGGCCUUGGCUCUACAGUGAAUUUGUGUACAAACUCUUUCCUACCUAUAAAAUACACAAAAAUGCCAAACGUGCUAUGUACGAAUUCAUCAGUGGUGUGAUACAGUCGAAACGUAUACAAAUUCAGGAGGAAAUUAAUAAAACGACUCAUGCUGGAGAACAACCCAUGAAAACAUUUUUGGAGAUGUUGAUUGAGUCAUCACAAGAAGAGGGAGGAUAUACUAAUGAGGAAUUGUCAGAUGAGACAAUGGCCUUGAUGUUGGCCAGCACGGAUACUUCUGCUAAUGCUGCUGCUUUUACCUUAAUCAUGUUGUCCAGACAUCCUGAAAUACAGCAAAAGGUCUUUGACGAGUUAAUGGAAGUGUUCGGCGAUGCCAAAGGACCAGUAGUUCCAGAAGAUCUCCCAAGACUCAAGUAUUUGGACAUUGUUCUCAAAGAAACAUUAAGACUUUUCCCUCCAGCGACUUUAAUAAUGAGGAAAGUAACAGAAGAUGUUACAUUACUAUUUUUAGCGUCAGGAGUAACUGUUCCUACGGGCUGUGGUGUUAUGAUAAACAUCUGGGGUGUGCAUCGCAACCCUACCUACUGGGGCGAGGACGCGGAGGAGUUCCGACCAGAAAGAUUCCUGGAUACACCGUUCAAGCACCCAACGCAAUACAUGCCAUUCAGCGUCGGACCAAGGAAUUGUCCAGGUCACCAGUAUGCGAUGAUGUCAAUGAAGACCUUUCUAGCGAUGACAUUGAGGGAGUACCGCGUGCUACCACCCACGCCACCAGAUGAAUUCAACCGCUACCCUCCUCUUCGACUUACCUUUGAGCUCUUAAUGAAAGACGCCGAUGGGUUUAAAAUUUGCUUGGAACCAGUAAAGAGAAUACAAGAUGAAUGGAAUUAAACACUCUUUUGUCGUUAAGUAUUAUUUUUAAAAUAUUUGCAAUAUUCGUCGUCGUCGUUCAAAUAAAUAUAAUACCUAUGUUUUUUUUUUAUUCCGCUUUUCACUUACGUACUUUUUUACUUUUAUUAGUCUAUUUCUAUUUCUGACUAAGUAGACGAUCUACGGUUUCAAUUUAUGAAACCACAAUCUCAACUACAAUUUACUGUGCGUGAACCAUUUUAUUCAAUUACAUGUACUUGCUAUACUUACCUACUUCAUCAAAUUAAGGAAAUGAAAAUAAAUAAGUUAAUAUCCUUUGUAUUUCAA